CUAUCGAUGACAGCAUUAAAAUAAUUUAUCAAGAUAGUAGACUCUAUUCUAAUUUAACAAUUUAUUCUACUAAAAAUUUACGCGCAAAGCGCAUUGUUAACGUCUAAGUAAUAUUGUGAACAAAAACUAUGACUAGAUCCAGCAUCGAAUUGGGCGACGUAACGCCGCACAACAUAAAGCAACUGAAGAAACUCAACACGGUUGUCUUUCCGGUCUCCUACAAUGACAAAUUCUACGUGGACGUGCUGGAAGCCGGCGAACUGGCCAAGCUCGCCUACUACAACGACAUCGUCGUGGGCGCCGUCUGCUGUCGCAUCGACACCACGGACAACAAACGACGCCUCUACAUCAUGACACUGGGCUGCCUCUCGCCGUACCGUCGCCUGGGCAUCGGCACCAUCAUGUUCGAGCACAUACUGAACUAUGCCGAAAAGGAUGGCAACUUCGACAGCAUCUUUCUGCACGUGCAAAUCAACAACGAUGGCGCCAUCGAGUUCUACAAGAAGUUUGGCUUCGAGAUUGUCGACACCAAAGAGCAGUACUACAAACGCAUCGAGCCAGCGGAUGCGCACGUCCUGCAGAAGACGCUGCGCCGCAAGAAAUCCGAUUCACACAAUCAUGCAUUUAGCAAUGGAGCUGUGGGCGACAAGAAGGAGCGUCGGACCUGAAGGGGGGCUACUUUUGUGACAUGUGGCCCAAUCCUUACUCCCAACCCUCACCAUCACCAGGAUUCAAGGACAAACGGAAAAACUUAUUUAGUUUAAAACAAAUUUCAUAAUUGAAUAAAAUCCUAGAGUUAAACAAAA